AUGCAAGAUAAUUCUCCCCCAGUAGAUAUCACGCUUUUGCCAAACAUGGACACACCACCCAGCUUAUCUGUAUCUGAAAACGUGGCUAGUGGAAAUGGUCUUAAAAAUAGUAAUAGCGACGGGUUAAUGCAAACCACUAUACCAAAUGGAGGGAAUACUAGCGCACAACCAGCCAAUGACGGAGGUCGCGAAGCACGUAUUGCAAUUCGUAAAAGUCGUAUCGAAAUGAACAGACUAGCAAAAGCCAAACCCUCUGAAAAAGCUGAUGCCAAUAUUCUAUCUCGCCGUGUCAAAAAAGUCGAGCCUGAACAGAAAGAAGCGGGAAAAGCCAAGGCUCAGAUCAGUACCAGUCAAAAACGUAUAGAGGCAGUAAAGACCAAUGGUAAUGAAUUGGUGACGAAUGUAAGGGUUGGAGUAACUGCCCGAGAAAGUAUACGUCGACAAGAAGAGGUUCGCAAAACAGAGGUGUGGAAAAAAAAGCGGAAUGAUGAGCAAUCGCAUUCAAUAUCCAUGUAUGAGCAAAUUUCAAGUGAAUGGGACAAAGUUUCCAAACUUGGAGGACCAUACGAGCUGAAUGAGAUGCUUGGAAAACAAAAAGAAGCAUGCCUGGCUUUGAUUGCAAUCAAAAACAAGCUUAUUGCUGAAUACGUUGCUGAAUUAAAGUCAAAAGAUGACGAGUAUGUCAAGGAAUUAAAAAGACAAGCAGAAGAAAUUGGCAAGUACAAUGAAUUUUUAGAUAAAUUGCUAGAUCGAAUGGAAAGCCAAUUCAAAGCAUUUCAAAGUACGCUAGUUGAAGAGAUUGAACAUAUCGAAAAAGCAUUUGUGGAGGAGCGCACAGAACUGAUUGAAGCAAACGUACGCGACAUUAGUCAAUUGUUCGAGACUCGUCGACAGAAUGAAGGAAAAUUUAUGGAGGAGCGUGCAAAUCGUAUUGAAGAUCAUAUAAAGCAACUAGAAGUGCAUCGCAUUUAUGAUGCUGAAGAAUACAACACUGUUAAAAUCAAACUGGAAACGGAUGUGCAAGUACUUGAACAGCAGCUUCAGCAAAUGCGAGCAACGUACCAACUAAACACAGAGAAAUUAGAAUACAAUUUUCAAGUAUUGAAAAAGCGAGAAGAGGAAAAUGGGACAAUUCUUGGUGCUCAAAAGCGGAAAAUCAACCGAUUGACUGAUCACCUUAAUGUGUUAAAGACCAAGGCAGCUAAACAAGAGCGAGUAUUUCAGCAAGAAAAUGUUUCAUUGACAGAUGACCAUCGUCAUCUUACUGAGCAAUUCAAGGAGCUACAAAAGAAAUUUAGGCAUUUCCAGAUGGCAGAUAGCAAAAAAUACAAGGAUAUUUGGAAAAUGAACGAGGAAGAAGCUCGUGAGUUAAUGCGCAAGGUUUUGCAGGCAGAUCGGAUCAUCAAUGAACAGCAGCUCGGAAUGAAGUGGAUGCCUCCACAAGAAGAUCUGUUUCGCAAUAUUGAUCCCUCAUUCUUUCGCGAUCUUGUGGAAGAUGAAACAAAAAGUAUUUUGGAUGCUCAAACUGCCUUUGAACAAAGCAUGGAUGCUAGACUGGCUGGACUAAAUAUUGAAGGUGACUCGGAUAAAAAGGAAUCACUUGCUGCAAAGUUUCAAGAUCAAAAGGGUCAUUCUAAAACAAUGAAAAAAACGCUGGAGCUAUUAUGCAACGAAACAGGGUUUUUAGUGGAGGAAAAGUUGCAAAAGCUGCUGGCGCCAUUGCAUAAGGAUGAGCAAUCUUUGAUGAAGCUAGAUUCAAUUUUUAAAGCUCUCGGGGUAGAAACUGUCGAGGACAUUGAGCGACUAACCACAUACUUUAUUUCCGAGACUAAUCAUACAUCUUUGAAACAAUCUGAAAGUCACUCAAACUUUUCUGAAGAAGCUUUAGUAACAAUUCACCCGAAUGAUGUGGUUCGUGUUAUUCGUAGCUUUGUUGAACAUAAUCGCGAAGAAUUGCGUGAUGGUCCACGCAACGCAGCAUAUAGCACACCUUCUCGCAACGAUAGUAUCGAAAAAGACUUAAAUGGUGUUGCUCGAAUACAACAAACCCCAAAUGAAAAAACUCGCGACAUUCAAAAAGAUUACUGGCAGCGCAUGGGCAAUGUCAUUGACGAGAAAGGUUAUCGCACAUGGAUGGCAGUAUACCUGGCUAUGCAAAAAUACAACAAGGUGCUCACACAUAGAUUCCAACUAUAUCAAGAAAUUCAUUCCAUACAGCAUCAAAAUGAGGAGUUGAAAACAUUACUGCGACAAUAUAUGAGCGCCCGUGUUAAUGAUGAAUUACAGGUUCCACCGACUCAAAUUAUGCUUGCACAGGCAGGAAUGCUUCAGCAAGGUCACUGA